AUGGCUGCUGCGCCAAACAGGGUCAGUUUUUCCGUCAGGAGCAUCCUGGAUUUACCCGAGCGGGAUGCAGAGGAGGCAGGGCCGCGGUCCUCCCCUGGCUUCUCCUCCUCCUGCUCCUCUUCUUCCUCCUCCAACUCACCCUUUACCUCCUGGAUGGACUGUGACCGGAGUCCAUGCAUGUCCUCAGAUGAUGGUGGACUCGAGGCCUCUCCAGACUCCACCAAACCGGAUGACUCGUCCUUGGACUCGGAACCUGAAAAGAACCAGAAGAGUAAGAAGCGCCGCGUCCUGUUCUCCAAAGCCCAGACCCUGGAGCUGGAGAGGCGCUUCCGCCAGCAGCGCUACCUGUCCGGGCCUGAACGGGAGCAGCUGGCCCGGCUCCUGAGCUUAACCCCGACGCAAGUCAAGAUCUGGUUCCAGAACCACCGGUACAAGAUGAAGAGAGGCCGGGCGGAGGGCGCGCAGGACGCAGCGGACAUGGGGGCACCUCCGCCUCCGCUGCUGCGCAGGGUCGUGGUUCCGAUCCUGGUCCGGGAUGGGAAACCGUUCCACACUUGCAUACUGGACACGGAAAAGGCCGGCUGCUUAGCUCCGUCCCCGGCGGUGCCCUUCCCCUUGGCGUACCCGUCCGUCCAGCACCCAGCGGCGGCCCUUCCUCCCCGGUACCAGCACUUUCCCGGCGGCCCCGCGGCCUCCAGAUACUCCUUCACCUGGAGAGACUUCUGGAGCGACUCGGUCCAGUUCGGUUCUUUUCGGUGA